UUUCUCGGUUAUAUGCAUGUAUUUUGUUGUAUAAUUACGAGCUGUCAAUAAAAAAUAUCAAACAACAAAUUUUCGCUCAACAAGCGGCAUCAAAAGGAGCUCGAGGCGGACGACAAGAAGAUUGAAGUGCUGAAACUAACAUGCGUUCAGCCAAACGUAGCCCUCUUUCAAAUGUGCCUGGAAGCGUACAAAUUGAUGAAAAAAUACUGGCGUUUUUACGAGAGUUACCAAAAGUGGAACUGCAUGCCCAUUUGAACGGCUGCUUGAACAUAAAUAGCAUCCGUGAAUUAGCUGCAACAGUGUACGGAAAAGAGACAGAUGAAUUUCUGAUGUUAUCUAAGCGCUUUCUUACAUUUAAAAAGGGAGCUAAUCUUGACGAUUGUUUCGAAAAAUUUAGUUUUGUGCACGAUUUGACUGCUUCAAAGGUGGGGUUACAGCGUGCAACAGAAUUGGUUAUUCGUGAUUUUGCAAAGGAUAAUGUCAUAUAUCUUGAGCUUAGAACAACGCCAAAGUCAAAUGCUAACAUGUCUAGAAGGGAUUAUUUACAAACUGUACUAGAGUGCAUUAGUAGAGCACGCAGCCGGUAUUCCAUGAAAGUGAAGCUAUUGCCAUCUAUAAAUCGGGGUGAGCCGGUUUCUGUCUCCGAGGAAACCGUUGCAUUGUCUGUGGAUUUUUGUAAACUCUAUCCCGAUAUUAUAGUUGGUAUUGACUUUAGCGGUAAUCCAAAUAAGGGAAACUUUGAAGAAUUUAUGCCAGCGUUAACCUUGGCCCGAAAACACGGAUUGAUGCUGGCCAUCCAUUGUGCAGAGAUUCCAAACCGUUCAGAAAUCAAACAGAUGCUAAUGUUUGGAAUGUCUCGAUGCGGGCACGGAACGUAUCUUACCAGUGCAGACUACGCUUACAUGAAGCAACAUAAUAUCGCAGUCGAGUGCUGUCUAACAAGUAAUAUAAAGUCAGGCACGGUUGAAAGUCUUCAGUACCAUCAUAUCAAGCGAUUAAUAGAAGCAGAAGUUCCCAGAGUUCUUUGUACAGAUGAUAGCGGCGUCUUCGAUACUACUCUAAGUAACGAGUUCUACCUGGCAACGGAAGCUUUUGGACUGACACAGACUCAGUGCAUCGAUCUCACUAUGGAAGCUAUCGACCACGCUUUUGCGAGUUGUGAGGAGAAGCAAAAUCUUAAAAUACAGCUUGACGCAUUUAUAUCCCAGAUGACCGUCAAAGACAAUAGGGUGCAUAAAACAAAACGGUACAUAGAAAAAAAAACUUGUGAAUAGAGCGUGUAAUUGACCCCUGUUGCAAAUAAUUAAAUGUUCACAAAAAUCGGUAUCUACUAAGCUAAGAACAUUAAACUUAUGUGUAAUGUAAAUUUUGCCCGCCACAAACAAUUGAGUUGCAUGACAACUUCUGUUUUUGAUAGCCUAAUAUCAAUUAUUUGUCUAUGUACAAACAAAAAUGAAUAAUACAAAUUACUCAUGUUGGUAGAUAAAAUGCUGUGGCAUUCUUAUCCAUAAAGCAGAUGGCAAACAAAUAAAUAAAGUAAAUUUUACUUGAAGGGAAUAUGAUGAUGCGGAUGUUGAUAAAAUUAAGCAUUCAAACUUCAAGCAAACACAUCAAAAGUUGUAUUAAGUUGAAAAUAGUUUUCCUAAUACAUUUUAAUUCAAUACUUAAUACACACGGAAUUUCUUGAAGCUUAAUUUACUAAAUUUUAUUUUCGAAAUGAUGUAAAAACUGGGAUGAAAAACUGGUAUUCGAUGAAAGUGAAGCUAUUGCUUUUGAACCCAGAAACCUAAUGGCACACUGUAUCAGAUUUAACUUGCAAAUUGUGCUUAGUUUAAAAUU